UGAAGAACAAGUCCUCUGAAACACUCUACCCACUUUGAGGCCUCCAACUCCAACUACAGUCUUCUACAGAGACAUUCACUUACAUCACUCUCUGUCUUGUCGUCCUGUUUGUUAAAUUUAAUUACAUUAUUAUUAUUAUUAUUAUUUUUACUUUUGUUUUCUGGAACCCACUAAACAUUUUAGUUGCCACCCUUGUUUGAUUCCCUUAGCUGAGAGUGAAAUGGAGAUUUUCCUUAUAUUCAUAAUUAUUCCUUCAUUGUUUGUCAUAACUCGUGCGACGUCUAUUUCAUCCCACAUAUCAGCGAACAUACCCCGUUUCAUUAAUCUCGUUUUAUUGGAAAAGAAGACAAGCUUAAUUAUGGUGUAAAUGAGUUGUCUGUUAAUAGAUGCGUUCGUCUUGCAGAAUUAUUGAAAAGUCUUUUACGUUGUCGUUAAAACUCUAGUUUGUUCCGAAAUGCGAAUGACGAUGAAUCCCAAGCUUUUUCUUGUAUGAAGUUACGUGUUAUGGAAUCAAAAUCACGUUUUUUUUCCCUCUUUUUUGGAUGAGUCUUGUGUUAACUUAUCUGGGAUUUUGUCAAAAUAAAUUAAGACGUUGAUCUCAGUACUUGAUUGUGAAGUUGUGGUGAUUGAUUUGGUUUGUUUUAAGGUGGUUGAGAUUUUCAUGUUGUCACUGAUGGAGUUGAAACUAUUCGAUCCCAAGUCUGUAUCUGGGAUAGCUCACAGUAGAAGACCUUACUCGAGCGCCUUUUCCAGUUUCAGAUAUGGAGUUGAUGUUAGGUUUUCUCCCAGAUUGUGCUCUUGCAGAGGGGCUUUCCCAAGGGUUUUUGUUUCGAGUAUUUCAGAGAAUGCAUACUUGACAAGGAAAGCUAUUGCUUCAGGUGACCCAGAAAAACUCGUAGGAGAAGACUAUGUUUAUCGGAUUAAUGGAAAAUAUGGCGCCAGUUCAAUUCUGUUUUCUGGAGACACAAGAGUACUCGAAGCUUCUUACGAUGAAUACGAAGGAGUUGUUGUUGAUCCAGAGGGGUUACCUGCUACUCCUGAUGCCUUUUCUUCUAUCCUUCGUUUUUCUCUUACCCACUGGAGGAGGAGGAAGAAGGGAGUUUGGCUCAAAUUGCCGCUGGAACGAGCAGAACUUGUUCCAGUUGCUGUAAAGGAAGGGUUUCAAUACCACCAUGCGGAGCCAGGAUAUGUGAUGUUAACCUACUGGAUUCCUGAGGGGCCUUGCAUGCUUCCUGCUAAUGCUACUCAUCAUGUUGGGGUUGGAGGAUUCGUCAUCAACCAGAACAAUGAGGUUCUUGUAGUGCAAGAAAAAUACUGCAAUCCAGCAUUCGCUGAUCUUUGGAAAUUACCAACUGGUUUCAUUCAUGAGUCUGAGGAGAUUUACCAGGGAGCUGUAAGAGAAGUCAAAGAAGAAACUGGUGUAAGAAACUUGAUUGAUACUGAGUUUGUUGAAGUGGUAGCAUUCAGGCAUGCCCAUCAUUUGGCUUUUGAGAAGUCAGAUUUGUUCUUUGUUUGCAUGCUAACUCCCCUAUCAGCUGACAUCCAGGUUGAUGAUUUUGAAAUUCAGGCAGCCAAGUGGAUGCCCUUAAUGGAGUUUGUGGAGCAGCCGCUCAUCCAAGGUGACAGCAUGUUCAAGAAAAUAACUGAUAUAUGCGUAGCCAGGCUGAAGAAGCGAUAUUGCGGAUUAUUUCCUCAUCAACUGGUUUCUGCAUUUGACAGGCAGACAUCGUCCCUCUAUUAUAAUGACUUUGAUGCACAAGACUCGACCUGUGCAAGCAACUGAAGCCACUGAAGCUGGGAAUUUCUGCAUUUCUUAUUUUUUGGUCGAGUUCAAUCAUCAAAGAAUGCACAAUGCAUUUCAAAUAGUUUUUUUUUUUUUUUUUUGUAAAUAUGUACUCUUAUGCAGAAUAUGGAUAUUGUAUUUGUGUGACCUUUGCAGAGUUCUUUCUUUUGCUACCCAUAAACAUCUCCUCUCUUGAAGUGAAUGCACUAGGCACAAGAGCUGGACUCUAAUGGUUAGAUCUAGUAUGGUUGGGUUGUUUGGUAUUCACUACAACAACAUUCAUGAACUUCCUUGUCCUAUGAUGGUAGUUUGCUGUGACUUAACGAUUAACUUGUAUGUUGAUAUUCCAUUUUGGGAUAUAUUACAUGGGGAUUAUUUGGAUGAA